AUGGGUUAAUCCAUAAGUUCUAGUGAGAGUAGAGGUGGGCUCAUCGAUCCCACAACCACAACAGUCUUUUACCACACAAAGUCCCUAAGCAAAGACUAGUCUACUGAAAUAGUCUAACAACAAUCCAAACAAAAGCUAAAGCGCUCACAAUCUUACGACAUAAAUGCUAGCUACAGCAGUAGUAGCUCAAGCACUCUUGUGAAUACAAAACGGAAUUCAAUUUUAUAAAAGAACAUGCCUCAGCAAAUUACAAAUCUGAGCUCCUACAUACACAACUCUCGAAUCACAUCACUCAAGGAUAUUUAUCACGUGAAGAUAAAGAAUAUAUACUUUGCAAAGUGCGCCAUCAAAGGCUGGUUUGUUAAUCACUGGGCGCUUAUUCUCAAAAGAGAGGACGAUAAAUACUUAACUAUUUAGUUCGUAAAGAGUGGGCUCGAGAUAGACAGAUCAAAUUCUUUUGAUCGGGCGAGAGAUGCAGUGGCUAGGUGCUCUGAUGCAAGAAUGGAUCAAGUGAACACAUAGCAAAUGGGCAAGACGAAGAAGUGUAUAGGCGAGAUAGUAGAAGAGGCAAUAAAAUUAAACAGAGAGUAUAACUUUUUCACAUAUAACUGCAGACAUUUCGUUUUGGACUUGCUGCAGAUUAUAAGUUCCUGA